CCAGGGUUCCCCGCACAUCUCCGGCGGCCGCCUCCUCCACGGCUCCACCCACCGAUCGACCAUCGCCUCUUCCAUCCACUCCGGCCUCAAAUUCCCCUACCACCAAUCACCCUCCCUCCUCCGCCUCACUCGCCGCCGGCAAGGGCAAGGACAUGGCCUCGUCGCUGAUGUCGAUCCCCGACCACCUCAAGGCGGAGAUCUUCGUCCGGCUGCCUGAACCAGAAGAUCUCGCCCGCACAGCUGCCACCUGCGUCACAUUCCGCAGAGUCGUAGCCGACGGAUCCUUCCGCCGCCGCUUCCGCCUCCUCCAUGCCCCGCCCCUCCUCGGCAUCCUCGAUCGCGACGGCUUUCAUCCCGCCCUCCCGCCUCACCCCUCCGCGCCAGCCGCCCGCGCGCUCGCACACGCCGCCGACUUCUCCCUCUCCUUCCUCCCCUCCCACCGCCGCUGGACCCUGCAGGACGUUCGCGACGGCCGCGCCCUCCUCGCCGCCAACCCUGAUCCCCAAGUGUUCACGGAGCUCGUGGUGUGCGACCCCUUGCACCAGCGGCACAUCCUGCUUCCCCAAGUGCCUCAUGACCUAGCUGCUUCGCUGGAGUUUCCAGUCCAUAUGGUACACCGGUGCCAGCUUUUAAUAGCUUCCCCCGGAGCAGGCGACAAUGAGGCAGCUGCAGCCAUGGAAGAGGCGGCAAGGGCAUUCAUAGUGGUCAUGAUAGCACAUUGCAAAACUGGUCCGGCUGCCUUUGUCUUCUCAUCGAGCACCCGACAAUGGCGAGCCGCUGCAUCCAAUGGUUGGGAUGAUUUGUUCCCCAACCAGGGAGAGUCAACCAUGAUCUCAUCAAUGCACAGAAAGUUGGUCGGGUGCCAUUACGCUUAUGGCUGCUUUUAUUUGGAGUCCACAAUGAAUAACAAGUUGCUUGUGUUUGACACCCGGAGGAUGGAGUUCUCCAUCCUCGACGUCCCAUGCGAAACAUCGAACAUGUUCGGUCUAGCCAUUGUGGAGGCAGGAGAAGGCAGGCUCGGGAUGUUGGAUAUCCAUGAUGAAACUUUAGGUGGCAAAUGUGAUCUCUGUUAUUACAUUAGAGGAAACAGAGGUGAGAAUUCUGGCCAGUGGAAGAUCGAGAAGACAAUAUCACUACCUUAUGAUUAUCAGUACUAUAUCCAAGCUUCAACUAAGAGGUACUUGCUCCUAAGAAAGCUUGGACCCCUGCAGUCCAUAAGCUCAUCUCUGGAGGUGGAAUAUGUCUCAAUGGACGUCAAGACAUUGCAGCUUCAGAGGGUUUGUGGUGUAUCUUUCGGGUAUAGCUUGGCCAGCGCGCGCAUAUACACCAACUUCCCUCCAUCCUUGUUGUCUGCACCGACAAUAUGAAGUGAUUCGAUGGAGGCAUAAUCAGAUCAACAUUCUUAAUUCAAAGUGACUGAGAUUUCAAUAGCGGGGAGUCGGAUCACCUUGCCUACAGGGAUGACACAAUGUGACAAUCUAGAUUGCUUCGCCUGGUGUUGGACUGUUGGUCAUGUCUAUGUUUGGGUUAAUUUUACUGUAGCAUCGUUGUGGUUGUUGUUCCCUGCCUGAGAGUGACAUCGGAAUUUACAGUACUUCAGUUUGCAGUGGUGUCUAUGCUGUUCUUGUAUCAUGCUUAGGAAAGUGACAUUGAAAUGAAUGGUCGUCUUGAUAUCAGAAAAAGGGACUAGUAAAGCUUGCUGAUAUACACAUUGUUUGUUUUUGUAUCUAUAUUAUUUAUUUUUCUA